GGGGCGGGCCCGGCGCUGCGGGAGCCGCCGGCGAGCUCGCACUCGGCCGCGCCGCGGAGCGGGCAUGGGAGCCGCGCGCCGUCUCCGGGCGCCCACACCUGUCUGAGCGACGCCGGGCCGCAGCCCCGACCGGCUGCUCCACGCGGUAGCACGCAGCAUGGCCCGGAUCCCAGGGCUCUUCGUCCUUCUCCUGCUCUUGCUCUGUGUGCUCAGGCAGGUGAGUCCCUACGGUGUUCCAUGGAAACCCACGUGGCCGGCUUAUCGCCUCCCUGUAGUGUUGCCUCAGUCUACCCUCAACUUAGCCAAGCCAGACUUCGAUGCCAAAGCCAAACUGGAGGUGUCCUCCUCAUGUGGACCCCAGUGUCACAAGGGAACUCCACUUCCGACCUAUGAAGAGGCCAAGCAGUACCUUUCCUAUGAAACCCUUUACGCCAACGGCAGCCGCACAGAGACUCAGGUGGGCAUCUUCGUCCUCAGCAGUGGUGCCGACCGAGCGCAGCGCAGAGACCCGGAGGCCACCGGAAGAUCUCGCAGGAAGAGGCAGAUUUACGGCUACGAUGGCAGGUUUAGCAUUUUCGGGAAGGACUUCCUCCUCAACUACCCUUUCUCAACAUCGGUGAAGUUGUCUACCGGCUGCACAGGCACCCUGGUGGCAGAGAAGCACGUCCUCACUGCUGCCCACUGCAUACACGAUGGCAAAACCUAUGUGAAAGGGACGCAGAAACUCCGAGUGGGCUUCUUGAAGCCCAAGUAUAAAGAUGGCGGUGGAGGGGACAAUAGCUCAAGCUCGGCCAUGCCAGAUAAGAUGAAGUUUCAGUGGAUCCGGGUGAAACGCACCCACGUACCCAAGGGGUGGAUCAAGGGCAAUGCCAAUGACAUCGGCAUGGAUUACGACUAUGCCCUCCUGGAACUCAAGAAACCCCACAAAAGGAAGUUCAUGAAGAUCGGGGUCAGCCCUCCGGCUAAGCAGCUCCCAGGGGGCAGGAUCCACUUCUCGGGUUAUGACAAUGACCGGCCAGGCAAUUUAGUGUACCGCUUCUGUGACGUCAAAGACGAGACCUAUGACCUUCUCUAUCAGCAGUGUGAUGCCCAGCCCGGAGCCAGUGGUUCAGGGGUCUACGUGAGGAUGUGGAAGAGACCACAGCAGAAAUGGGAAAGAAAGAUUAUUGGCAUCUUCUCGGGGCAUCAGUGGGUGGAUAUGAAUGGCUCUCCCCAGGACUUCAAUGUGGCAGUUAGAAUCACUCCGCUUAAGUACGCUCAGAUUUGCUAUUGGAUUAAAGGAAACUACCUGGAUUGCAGGGAGGGGUGACGGGUGUCUUCCUGCCAGCGCGCGGUGGUCUUUCUGUCCUCAUUGCAGGAGAGGCCAGCUUUUGAUCAUUGACUCUUUCGGGUGCGCGCCACAUAAUAUCCUUUAUCUGAUAGUAUUCAAAUGGCAAAAUUAAUGGCUUUAUUAUUUGAAAACUGUUGUGUGCGUUGUAGCAUUUAAGCAGUCUGAAAGCAUACUUUUGCAUAGAGAUUUUAAAAAUAUUGAUGUUUGGGGAAAUGAAUAUUUGGCAAAUAAGUUAAACUUUCCGUUUUUUGAGAACUCUCAUUUUUGUCUUAUACAAACUUGCUUCAAAGGUUUAUAUCAAAUAUGUGACAUAUGGGGAAUAUGAAUUCAUAUAUUUGUAUAUGUAUGUUUUCUUCCGAGGGUCAUAGAUUGAUAUUUUUGUAAUGUGUGCUUAUAAUGCUUCUGGAUACUGAUAUCAAAGCACUUAAGUAGCCAGUUAUAAUGUCUUGGAUUCAAACAUUUACAUAGCAGCCCUUGAAGAGAAAGAAUAAUUUAUUGGCUAUAUUGAUACACAUAUAAAACUGUAUCUUACAGUACACAGAAUUCUCAUGCUGCUUUUAGUUUUGAAAAUAAAACUUUCUCUUCCAAAAAACAUUGCUCUAACUUUGUGGGAAGUCAUUAUAUGGCUCUGCAAACCUUGCCAUCACACCACAAUAGACAAAAAUCAUUUAUCCCAAUCCUUCCACUUAGCAAGAUUUUGCUCACAUAUCUGAAGCUGAGAGUUUUCCAAAAGACAAUAAGUGAAGCCUAAUUAGAAUAGGCUGAACUGCUUCCCAGCUAGCAGUUUCGGUCACAAUAAAAACAAUUCUUGCAUUUCACCCCCGGAGUACGGCACUUCUCGCUGUUGAUCGUUUGGAUGAGUAAUUUAAAAUGAAUUAAAUUCCAGGGAACAAUGGAUGCAUUGCUCCAUAGAUGUCACAGCAGAAUAACCAUUUGUUUGAAGCCCCGCAUAGUCACAUGGCCUAGUCCAAGAUUGUUCUGCUUGGUUUUCAACGUGUUUCCAGAGAGCUGUGCAUUUGUUUUAUUUGCAGACUUUUCUCUCGCACUGUACUUAGUUUAUAGUGUUUAAAUAAAAUGCUUGGAAGUUGCUUUAAGAAGCACCAGUAUAGGCCUAUUUUCCUAGCUUAAAGGGAAAUCUUUCGCUGGAAUAGUAUAGGCUAUAGGCACAUACAACGAGACACAGCAGUCAGAACAAAACUGAAAGAAUAAAUGAAGAUGGCUGGUGAGAUGGCAUAGCAGGAAAAGGUAUUUGCUGUCAGGCCUAGCAGCCUGAGUUCCUUUCCUGGGAACCACGUGCUGAAAUGGGAGAACUGACUCUCACAAGUCGACCUGUGAUCUCCACAGAUGCACAGUGACACAUCAGUGCAUUUUUCAUAAAUGAACAAAUGUGCUUUAAAAAUUGGAGGGCUGAGGGAGCCUGUGGACCCAGAUUAAAAUCCAGCACUCACAUAAAAAGUGGAACAUAGCUGCACACACCUGUAACUCCAGUGCUGUAAGGGACAGAGAGCAGAGGAUUGUUGAUUCUUUCUGGCUUCUGGCCCAGCUCUCAGUUCAGGGAGAGACCUUGCUACAAAGGAAUACUGCAGAGAAUUAUAGAGCAGAACACUGGAUGUCCUCCUCUGGCCUCUACACAUGCAUGGAGGUGCAACACACACUACAUAAAAUACAUUGAAACAGUAGGGGAGAAUGCAAAAACUAAUCAGAAUCGUGUAUUCAAGUAAGUGUGUGUGAAUAGAAUCAUGGCGUAAAAAGAAGUGACUUAUUUUGGAGUAUCUUGUAGCCCUUGGCCUAAGCAAUUUUCUUCGAUUUUAUCAGCAAGGAGAAAAGCAAUAUGAGGUAGAUGUUUGAGGUGUUGCAUGCUGGGUAAUUUUAACUUAGAUUGUGAGCUGUGAGGACAUUCAAAUAUAACACUGUCAGUUAGACAUUCUCCUAGCGGCCUGUGUUUCUUGAGCUUCAUGAAGGCUAACUCUGGUAAGGCCCUCAAGAUCAUGCUGCAGGUAGUCUUCAUUUUGUAGAAGUGUGAAAGGCAGGGCUAGUGGGAAUCUGCUGAGUUCCAGUACAAUUUGCUUUGCAAUCUCGCAGGAAUCUCACCCAACCCAAGGAAGAAGAGGCAUGCCCAUUUCUAUGACUGGUACUAGGGGGUUUUGUUUGCUUUUGAAAGAGCACGCAAGAGGUGUGUGUGUGUUUGUGUGUCUGUGAAUUUUGAAAAUAGAUAUUCCUCUUAUGAUUUUUAGAUUUGGGGUUUUUUUUACACAGUUACAUAAUGGCUCAAGCCAAAAUAAUAUCAGUUCUUAGUUUAUAAGUAGAUGCAAUAUACUAAAGAAUAAUGCCCAUAUGGAUGUAGUGGUAAGAGAAAAUUAUAAACGAUUUCAACACGUUCAUCUUCUCAUCAGUGAUGAACAGUGGUGUUAACUGUCAUUGCAAAGCUAAGGACGUUGCUCAGUCCCUAUGACUCAGUGGAUAAACCACGUGUUGUGCAAGUGUAAGGACCAGAGUAUUGCUAAACCUAGAGCAAUGUUCGGCUGAAUUCCCAUGCAGUUUUCAGCUCAGGCUUUCCUGUGGCUCCUGCUACAUUCCUUCUUUGCUUGCAUCAGAAUUCUGAGGUACUCCCAUUAGAGAGGGGCAUUUCAAAGGCCUCUUGAUAGAUGCUUAGGUGCUGGGGAGAUAACUCAGUAAAUAAGACCAAGCAUGAGGACCUUGAGUUCAAUCCCAAGUAGUGUGGUUGUGAACACAUGUUAACCCUAGUGCUGGGUAAGCAGCUAGGUAGGUCCCUAGAGCUCACUGGCCAGCCAGCCUACCCGAGACUCUGUCUCAUAAAGCAAAGUGUAUAACAUCUUUAGAAAUGACUGACUGACACCCAAGAUUGACCUCUGGCCUUCACAAGCAUGUAGGUCCAUACGCAUACCCAAAUGAACACACACACAGGCAUACACACACAACCCUUUCUGGUGGAUCUAGAAUACAUUGGUGGUACCCAGGCCCAGAUCCUGGGCUCUGAGUUGGCCCGUUCCAACAUCUACCCCAUCAGUGAAGUGCUGACUGCAUGAAGAGGCCAGUUCAAGGCUGCAGGAUCUCCAUGACACAGGGCAUCAACAGGAUAUCUAGAGGCAUCCCAGUGAGAGUCCACUGUUGAUAGUGUAGCAGAAGCCAGAGAACAAUGAUUCAUUGCAAUGAACAUUUGCAAGGAAAGAAGUGUGGGCAAAAGUGUAUGCUGUGGGACACACUGUCACACACUACAGCUUCCACAGUGACUUUUUUUUUUUCUUUUGGUGGGAGUUGAGGGCAGAAGGCAGGUAUGAGGGGACAGAGAGAUGAGUGGGAUUAGGGUGAUGAUGUGAAAAUCACAAAGAAUCAUUAAAAGUUAAAUAAAAAAUUUAGAAGGAAAGUAAAAAUAUACAUUGGUGGCAACGUUGACCCAUUUCUAGCAAUUGGGCAACACUUUUUUUUAAACCUUGUAUCUCCCUACAGGAAAAAAUAAACUCCAGGAUAAGUGUAAACAAGGAAAAAGGCUGGGACAGAAAACUGGCAUAGUGACAGGAUGCUCUUGCUAGUGGACAGAUUGUUUAUUGUUUAAUUUAAAGCUCAAACACUCCUAUGUGGUUUAAAGAUUUCACUCUCCCAGUCUCCAGCUCCAGGAAGGAGAAACAUCACUACCCUACUUCCCUGUGAGUGACUCCUCAGUAGCUGCUGCUUCACUUUAGUGUCUACCUCUGGUAAUAUAAUCAUUCCCCCUCUUGCUAAUCGGUCAUAGCCAUCCUAGAACACCUAGAGCCCUCUUCAAUGGUGAACCAGAAAGAGGUUCCAAGCCCCGUCAUCAUCUUCCAAGUCUAAAUCAUCUAUGACUAACAGGCUUGCUAUACUUAAGAGCUCUCCGUAGGAAAUCUGGAGAGGGGUAGUGUUUGAGGCUCAGUAAAUUGGAGCAUGAGUGCCCCUGUCACGGCCAGAUUUGUGCUAUUAAAGAGAUACACAGAGGCCACUGUGGCCAGAGAAGAUUAAACAAAAAAAAAAAAAGAUAGUGUUGGGAGAGCAAUUCUGAACAGCUCAUGAAGGAAAGAAGAGUUCUGGUAAAGAUUUAUAAUUUAUUCUACUUGUCAGGAGACAUGAUCAAAGAGCUUGCAGCAGGGACGCUGAUGGGAUUCAGCCAGGACCAAGGUAUGUGUGGAUGGCAGGGGACUGAAGGGAAGGGAGGCUACCUUGUUCUUUAGGCUCCUCUUCUGACUCCCCAUGCUUCUCGUCACAAAGCCAACCCUUGUUGACCACAUGUUCUCAGUCAUCGCCUACACAUGACUAGUUCAUUCACCAAAUCAUCUGCCCACAACAAACAUGAAAUCCUAGGGUCCAUCAUUCCCUGGAAAGCACAGCCUUUGGUGAACCAUAAAAAUGAUGGGCUCAUGUAUGGCCAUCAACCAAAACUCAUUUGGAAAGAGAGUCUACCUGGGGAACUAUUUAGGUUAAGUUGAUCUGAGGGCACAUCUGAGGGGUGGGGGUGGGGUUGCCGUAAGUCCUCUAUGGUGGCACCAUUCCCUAUGCAGGGAGUCCUGAGCUCUGGAGGGCAAGCAUGCCCAGGUGCAUUAUUCUUCUCUGCUCUUGACCAUAGGAUGUGACCAGCUAUUUAGAGCUCCUGCCACGGUAACUUCUGUGCUAUGAUGGACGACUAUAAUCUGGAAUUGUAAGAUGAAUAAACCUUCUUUUCUCCCA